CCUAGUAAACUGUGCGUGCUCAGCUCGCUUCCGCCCUGCUCUGCUCUGCUCAGCUACCCCCACUCGCUUCGCUUGUCGUCUCCCCCAUCCAUCCCCAUCUCAAUAAGAGCACCCACCAUCUCGCUCCCCACACACUCGCCGUCGCCAAUGCCGACGCCCGCGCCGCCGUCCUUCGUCUGACCCCGACACGCCUCGAGCGCGCCCAGCCAAAGAGCCGUCCCGUCCCACCGCCCACCAUGGCCGCCUUCCUCCCCCUCCUGCUGCUCGCCGUCGCGGCCAAUGCCGUGGCGCCGUCGCUCGGCCUCAACCAGGACGGCCUCUACCUGCUCGACGCCAAGCGCGCGCUCGCCGCCUCCGCCUCCGCGCUCGCGGACUGGAACCCCCGCGACGCCACGCCCUGCGGCUGGACGGGCGUCCUCUGCGUCGACGGCGCCGUCACGGAGGUCUCGCUCCCCAACGCCAACCUCAACGGCUCCUUCCCCGCCGCGCUCUGCCGCCUCCCGCGCCUCCAGUCCCUCAACCUCAGGGAGAACUACAUCGGCCCCGACAUCGCCGCCAAGGCUGUCGCCGGGUGCAAGGCGCUGGUGCGCCUCGACCUGUACAUGAACACGCUCGUCGGGCCACUCCCCGACGCGCUGGCCGACCUCCCGGACCUCGUCUACCUCAGCCUCGAGGCCAACAACUUCUCCGGGCCCAUCCCGGAGUCCUUCGGCACCUUCAAGAAGCUCCAGUCGCUCUCGCUCGUCAACAACCUGCUCGGCGGCAAGGUCCCGGCGUUCCUCGGCCGCGUCUCCACGCUCCGGGAGCUCAACAUGUCCUACAACCCGUUCGCUCCGGGCCCAGUGCCGGCCGAGCUCGGCGACCUCCCCGCGCUGCGCGUGCUCUGGCUCGCCGGCUGCAACCUCGUCGGCUCCAUCCCGGCGUCUCUCGGCCGGCUCGCCAACCUCACCGACCUCGACCUGUCGCUGAACGCGCUCACCGGCCCGAUACCACCGCAGAUUGCCGUUCUGACAAGCGCCGUUCAGAUCGAGCUGUACAACAACUCGCUCUCCGGCCCAAUCCCGAAGGGAUUCGGCAAGCUCGCGGAGCUCAGGAGCAUAGACAUCUCCAUGAACCGCCUCGGCGGCGCCAUCCCGGAUGACCUGUUCAAGGCGCCAAAGCUGGAGAGCCUGCACCUGUACUUGAACUCGCUCACAGGGCCCGUGCCGGAGUCCGCGGCGAAGGCGUCCUCGCUCGUUGAGUUGCGCCUGUUCUCGAACCGGCUGAACGGCACGCUGCCGGCCGACCUCGGCAAGAACACGCCGCUGGUGUGCCUGGACCUGUCCGACAACUCCAUCUCCGGCGAGAUCCCAAGGGGCAUAUGCGACCGCGGCGAGCUGGAGGAGCUGUUGAUGCUCAAUAAUGCGCUCACUGGGCGCAUCCCCGAGGGGCUCGGGCGGUGCCAUAGGCUGCGACGGGUCCGGCUGUCCAAGAACAGGCUCGACGGCGACGUGCCCGGCGCGGUCUGGGGCCUGCCGCACAUGGCGCUUCUCGAGCUCAACGACAACCAGCUCAGCGGGGAGAUCUCCCCGGUCAUCGCCGGCGCGGCCAACCUGUCCAAGCUGGUUAUCUCCAACAACCGGCUGACCGGGAGCAUCCCCUCGGAAAUUGGAUCCGUCGCCAAGCUGUACGAGCUAUCGGCAGACGGCAACAUGCUCUCUGGACCUCUUCCCUCCUCUCUUGGCAGCCUAGCAGAACUCGGCCGGCUCGUCCUCCACAACAACUCGCUAUCUGGUCAGUUGCUCCGGGGAAUCCGUUCUUGGAAGCAGCUUAGCGAGCUCAACCUCGCCGACAAU